CCGCACACUUGACCCUUUCCUCUUUCGCGCGAUGACUGCGUUAACCACCUCUAUCGACGCGGAUUCCAUCUCCUCUACGUCUCCACUGCGUGUCCCCAUCAUGACGUUCAUCGCCGGCAUUGGCGUCAAUGUCCGCAAGGCUUUCGCAGCUUCCGAUUCCCCUGCUGGUGAGCUCUACCGUUCUGGAAAACUGGAGCUGAUCGACAUCCCAUUGCCACAGCUGGUAGGCAACAAGCAGGACCCCCUGCAUGGCCCGAGUAUGGAAGACCCGGGUCGACCCAUCUGGAACCUCACGCCAGAGCAGCAGAGUAUCGUCGACCAGGCAGAGAUCGUCAUGAUCGACUCGCAUGGUGGCGGGCCCGUCUUCAUGGCCCCAAAGGAGAACCUCCCAGACGACAAGCAGCACAUUCUGACUAACGUUAAGUGGAUACAAGCUACGUACGCAGGAGUGGACAUGUACUUAGACCUGCUGCCCAAAGGACCCCACGCUGUUGUACCCAACUUCAUCCUCACUCGUGCUGGUGGCAUGAUGCCACGGAUCAUGGCACAAUACGUACUUGGCUACGUUACAAUGAUCGAGAGGAAGCUACUUGAAGCGAAGGAAUACCAGAGCAAGCGUGACUAUGCUCGUGUGGACAUGAUUAGCUUCCGUCCUGCCCAGUCGGUCACUGUAGGGAUCUUAGGACUCGGAGACAUCGGCCAGUACACGGGUAAGAUGCUGCGUAGUUGCGGCUACAAGGUGCUGGGCUUCAAGCGCCGUGUGAGUGCACAGGACGUGGCUGAUCUGGCCGAAUGUGCAGACCACAUCACUACGAGUUUGGACGAAGUUCUGGCCAAGAGCGACUACCUCAUUAACCUUCUUCCAAGCACAAGUGCGACGCGAUACGUGCUGAACGAGAAGAACCUCGAGUUGUGUCGUGAGCUCAGCCCCGUGCUCAUCAACAUUGGCCGUGGAGACGUCAUCUCCGAGAAGACGCUGAUUGAUGCACUGAACAAAGGUACGCUGUCGAAAGCUGUACUGGAUGUGUUCGAAAAGGAGCCACUUCCAAAGGAAAGCGAACUGUGGGAACACCCUUCAGUGCUUUUAACCCCACACGUCUCAGGGAAAGUGUUCCCGGAGGACGUGGCCGCCAUGUUCCUGGAUAAUUUCAAUCGGUACAUCAAAGACGAGCCGGUGCGUUACAAGGUGGAUUGGGCCAAGGGGUAUUAA